AUGGCAUAUUGUGCCUCCCUCCGUGACCUAUUCGGCGCAUCCGCGCAGUGGGACGGCGAAUCAUGGACUUCUUCCGAUGAUCGAGUACGCGGCGGAAAGAGCCAAUCAUAUUUGCAGAUCUUGAAGAACGUCCCCGGCCAAAGAGCUGUCUUCCAUGGCAACUUGGACAUCAAGACACUUGGCGGAGCCGGUUUCGCAUCACAACGGACCACGGAUGAGAGAAAGUGGGAUCUAUCCGGAGACGACGCGAUCGUAUUGAAGACUGGCAGAGGUGAUGGCAAGAAAUACACGCUUGUCCUCAAAGACGAGGCUCUGCCCAAGCGGCCAGAUGGUCGGGAACAGAGUACAGUAAGUUGGGAGUAUGACUUCAAGAGCACCUAUAAUGGAGGCUCUCUUUACAUUCCCUGGUCCGACUUCAAGCCCACGUAUCGAGGAAAGCCAAAGUCCGAUGCCAGGCCCCUGGAUCUCAAGAGUGUCCAGCGAAUCAGUAUCAUGAUGCGAAGCUUCUUUGGAGAGCAAGAAGGUCCUUUUUGGCUAGAGAUUGAAUCCAUCAGCGCUCACAAGAAGGGCCAAAAUGCCAAUACCUGCCCUUGCGUGGGCGAGGAAUUAUUUGGUAAGGAACUGGGCGGAACACACGACGAGUCCUCGGGAAAGCGCCAGAUACCAGCUUCGACCCGGUCGUGGAAAUCCUGGCUGUGCUUUUGA